AAAAUAUCAUGUAAUAACAGACUGUUGAUGAGAGUAUUCUCUAAUAAGUAAGUUAAUCAUUUUAUUGUAGUUGAGACGUAUUCUAAGUUUUUAAUCCUUAACCAGAAACUAUUUUCUAUUGAGGAAAUUUGAUCCCAACACAGGUUGUAUAAGGCUUCAGAGUUUGGCUAAGGAGAAAAGCUUUAGACAAUUGCUAGAUUACCCAUAUGGGAUAGAAACUCUAGCUAAUGUAUUAAUUUCAAAAUUAACUUUUUAGAUUUUGAUCCAAUAUAACUACAGCAAUUGGAUUUUCGAUUAAUCUUUCAAUGCCAUUAGACCCAUCUUUGCAAAGGAGAGAAAAUAAGUGUAAAUUUUGAUCAAAAAGAAUCAAGUGGAUGAAUUUAAGAAAUUUUUACUAGAAUUAGAUCUUGGAAAGGAGUGUGAAGUCUUGGAAGCAGAGUACAUAGCAAACAAAGAUUUUACGAAAUUGUUCAUUGUUUUUGAUAAUGAGGAUGAAGCACAGAGAGGUUUUAGUAAAAUAUAAUCAUGCAAAGCCACAGUAACAUUAUUAUAUGAAUUUUUAAGUUUGCAAUACAAAAUGCCAAAAUGGAGGAAGUGGAUUUCUUUAACAGAUUCCUCAAUCUUGUUCAAUCAAAGCAAUAAUAAUUUUAAGAGUACAGGAUGAAUAAUGCCAGAAACUAUGAAGAUAUGCAAAUGGAGCAUUAAUAAUUUUCACAUCAUCACUAACCCUAAUAGAACCAAUACUAAUAAUACUAAUAAUAGAAAAUCUAUUAAUAAUAAUAAUAAUAAGAUUGUUCUUCCUCUGACAUUGUAAAUUAAAGAUUAAAUCAAAUUAGAUCAAAUGAAAAAAUAGAAUUAAACUAUGCUCCUAUGCAAGAAUAAUAAUCAUUGUUUUCAUUUGUACCUAAUUUGAAUCCUCAACAAUAAGGUUCAAUGCAAGAAGGUUAUGAAAAUCCAAAUUUUGGUGAAAACAGAAAAACUAUUGAAAUAAUUAGAAUUGAAGUAGAUUCUGAAAACACUCAAUCCCAAAAUGCUGAUUAGUUUGAAUCGUAGACCAAUUAGAGGCAAUUUUCAAGAGAAACAGAGUCCAAUAAAGAAAAUUCAGUGGAAAGAAAUAAUAAAAAAACACAUCAAGUAGAGCUUUAUGAGGAGAAAUAACACGUUAAGCAUGAACAUCAAUAAAAUGGAUAUGUAUUAAUAUAUUUAAACUUAUUAUUAGUAAUAAAAGAGAAGAAAUAACUAUGAGUACAACAAGUAUCACAACAAAUAAAAUAAUAGGAAAUAACCAUAUUAUAGUAAUAAAUAUUAUAUCAAUUUAGAUCGUUUGGAGAAUGAUUUAAGUGAAUUUACUGGAUAUAAGAAGUACCAAUAAAGAUAGCAAAAGGAAUUUUACGAAGUGAAGAAGGAAUAUUGA